AUGGAGGCGAUCGCCAGUCAGAUGGGAAAUGGGAGAGAUGCAAGCUCCUCCCCAAAUUCAAAGCAAGAGCUGCAGCCCUACCAGGGCUCCAAUACCCUCAAGCCCAACCAAGUGGGUGAGACCUCUCUGUACGGCGUGCCCAUCGUGUCCCUGGUCAUCGACGGGCAGGAGCGGCUGUGCCUGGCGCAGAUCUCCAACACGCUGCUCAAGAACUACAGCUACAAUGAGAUCCACAACCGGCGGGUGGCCCUGGGCAUCACCUGCGUGCAGUGCACCCCGGUGCAGCUGGAGAUCCUCCGGCGGGCCGGGGCCAUGCCCAUCUCCUCCCGCCGCUGCGGCAUGAUCACCAAACGGGAGGCGGAGCGGCUGUGCAAGUCUUUUCUGGGCGAGCACAAACCCCCCAAACUGCCCGAGAACUUCGCUUUCGACGUGGUGCACGAAUGCGCUUGGGGCUCCCGGGGCAGCUUCAUCCCGGCCCGGUACAACAGCUCCCGAGCCAAGUGCAUCAAGUGCAGCUACUGCAGCAUGUACUUCUCCCCUAACAAGUUCAUCUUCCACUCCCAUCGCACCCCGGACUCCAAAUACACCCAACCCGACGCCGCCAACUUCAACUCCUGGCGCCGUCACCUCAAGCUCAGCGAUAAAACGGCCACCGAGGAGCUGUCCCACGCCUGGGAGGAUGUCAAGGCCAUGUUCAACGGUGGCACCCGCAAGCGGACCUUCUCCCUGCAAGGGGCGGCCGCCGGCGGGCCCGGGGCCGGCUCUCCCGCCGCCAAAACCUCUUUGCACCCUCCUCCUCCCGCCGGGCCAGAGCUGGCCCCGGCGCACAAAAGCCUCCGUUGCAGCGGGCAGGAGCCGGCGGGCGAGAGGGGGGCCUUGGGGCUACCGGCGGCUCACGGCGGGGCGACGGGCGGGCACGGUGGGGCGGGCGCGGUGCGCAGUUACCCGGUGAUUCCAGUGCCCAGCAAAGGCUUCGGGAUGCUGCAGAAGCUGCCUCCACCUCUUUUCCCUCAUCCUUACGGUUUCCCCGCCGCCGCUUUCGGACUAUGCCCCAAAAAGCAGGAGGACGCGCUGGGAGGUGCGGGAGGCGGCGAGGCGGGCAAGGGUGGUGCGUUACCGCCCGGCAUGUUUUGGGGACCCCCCCAUCCACACCCGCACCAACCGGCCCAACCUCCCCACCAGCCCGGAGCCGCCAAGGACACAGGGGUCUACCCGUCCUUCCCCGUCUUCUGGCCGGCCGCCGGCAGCCUGCCUGUGCCGCCCUACCCGGCGCAGAGCCAGGCCAAGGCGGCGGCCACGGCCGUGGUGGUGGCGGCGGCGGCAGCGGCGGCAGCUGCGGCGGCGGAACCGCCCGGUUUAUCGGGCCGACACGGAGAGCUGGAGGGCUCGGAGCCGUCGGGGAGUGGGAGGAGCAGCGCUACCCCCCAGGAGGGAACCGGGCCGGAGGGAGAGCGUUGUCCCAGCGCCUUAUCCCGGGCGGCGGGUGAAGAGGAGCGCUCCGGGGAUGAAGCGCUGCUCCCCCCGCUGCCCCUGCCCAGAAAGGGCAACUACCUCUCCGCUUUCCGUCCGGUGGUGAAGGACGCUGAGAGCAUCGCCAAGCUCUACGGAACCCGGGAGGCGUACGGCGGCGGCGGUCCCCGCGGCCCCGGUUAUCUCUCCCCGGAUUUCCUCAGCGAGGGCAGCUCCAGCUACCGAUCACUCUCGCCGGGGGGGGACACGGCCGAGGAGCCCGAAGUGGAUGUGGAGUCCAACCGCUUCCCGGAGGAUGAGGAAGAGGACGCUGCCGUUGCCGCUGCCCCUGCCGAGGGACGGGAGCCGCCGCCGCCCCGGCUGCUGGACGGUACCGAGGACUCCCCGCCGCCCUCCGCGUCCGAUGGACCCGAGGAGAAGGGGGGCGAGCCGGCGGUGCAGGAGGGAGGGCAGAACCCCGACGGCAGCCCGGAGCGGAGCAGCAGCAGGGGAGCCUACGAGGUGUAUGCGCCGGAGAGGGGGGAGCAUCUGCAGCCACUGAAGACCACGGCCUCGCUGGGACCCCCGCUCCCGUUCCUGUGCACCCCUGAGGCGAAGGAGCAAGAUAAAGAAGACAAUCACUCCACGGCAGAGGAUUUAGAGACCAGAAAAUCCUAUCAGGACCAAAGGAAUGUCUCUCAUCCCAGCCCUGUAAAUACCGACAGAGCAGAAGACGGCCUCGGCAUGGAUGUCGCCGGGACGCAGCUGGUGGAAAAGGACAUCGAAAAUUUGGCUCGAGACGAGUUACAAAAACUGGUCCUGGAGCAAAUGGAGUUAAGGAAAAAGCUGGAGAGGGACUUCCAGAGCCUGAAAGAUAACUUCCAGGACCAGAUGAAGCGGGAGCUGGCGUACCGGGAGGAGAUGGUGCAGCAGCUGCAGAUCGUCCGAGACACGCUGUGCAACGAGCUGGACCAGGAGAGGAAAGCGCGCUACGCCAUCCAGCAGAAAUUGAAAGAAGCCCACGACGCGCUGCAUCAUUUCUCCUGCAAAAUGCUGACCCCGCGGCAUUGCACCGGGAACUGCUCCUUCAAGCCACCGCUGCUGCCCCAGUGA